AAUUCUGACAGAUUCGGCCCGCCAUCUGUCGGCGAAGGAAGGAACUACAGAUGUACACAAACGGAGGGCAGUUCCGCCAGCGAGGAUUACGAAUCUCACUCAUUUCACUAAAUCUAUGCAAACAGAAUAAUAGAAGAUGGGGACCCGAAAGCCGCAGGUAGUCAAUAAGUCUUCGACACUUCUGAGUCGAGAGGAAAACGAGAUCAUGUUUAGAAUGCUUGGGCCACGAUGUCAGACUCUAAGCACAGCUGUAGUGCAGGUGUUUGGCACAGAUGGUCCACACCACAACGCUUGGCGGAAGAGGUAUUGUGGUGUGGCGACGUUUACUAAGGACAAUGCAAGAAAAUCGUAUUAUAUUCAGGUUUAUGACACAGUGGCAGGAGUGAGGCUGUAUGAGCAAGAGCUAUACAACCAGUUUACUUACUCUGCUAUGAUGCCUUUCUUUCAUCAGUUCGAAGCCGAGGAUCAGAUGAUAGGAUUAAACUUUGCUGAUGAAGGUGAAGCAAGUGCCUUCAGUCGAGCCAUCAAUGAACGGCUUGCCGUAAAACAACGCAGGAGAGAGGAAAGGAGAAGACAAAGUGAUCAGCAGCAGAGGCAGUCACAGCUCCAGCAACCCCCGAUCCCCACUCAGCCACAACACACCCCGGUGCAUGCCCCUCCAGCCUUACCACCCAAAGAUGACAACAAGAAAAGGAGUGGCAAGAAGGCCAACAAGAAUAAGAACAAGAUUAGCAAAGAGCAGAUUGGAAUGCCAACAGACUUUAAGCACAUCACCCAUGUUGGUUUUGAUCCUGAUAAAGGAUUUUCACAGUUCAAUAUGGAUGAAAAGCUUCAGGGCUUCUUUAAUAUGGUUGGUGUGAGCCAGCAGCACUUAUCAGAUACACGCACUCGAGAAUUCAUAUACGACUUCAUUGAACGUCAUGGAGGUGUUGAAAAAGCUAUGCAAGAGACUCAGCGCUACUCAACCUCUCCGAAUCCCCCCGCUGCCCCAGAAGUGUCACAUAUGCCACCUCCCCCUGCCAACACUAUAUCUCCUCCCACGCCACCACCCAGUCUCCCCUCACGCAAUUCCUUCAGUGGGUCUCGAGCUGCACCUCCUCCUCCUCCUCCACGCACAAACAACCAUGCUCCACCUCCUCCUCCUCCAGUCUCUGCUCCACCACCACCACCUCCACAUUCUCGGGGUCACAUGCCUCCGCCUCCUGGCCAAAUCAUUGCAGGACAAAAGACCAGCCCUCUGCCGCCACCUCCCCCUGCAGCCAACACCCCACCACCACCACCCCCGACGUCCACCAUCCCCACCCACCACCACCACCACCAUCACCAUCAUCAUGGUCACUCAGUGGGAACCAGAGCUGCCCCCCCUCCUCCUCCGAGUGCGCCACCUCCUCCUUCAGGUGGAGCACUGCCGCCACCUCCUCCUCCUCCACCCCCACCAGCAGCCUCAGGAGGGCCACCACCACCUCCCAGUGGUCUCCCUCCAGCCCCACGACCUCCAGCUCCUGUCAACGACGUGCGUUCAGCUCUUCUGGAACAGAUUCGUUCAGGUUCUACAUUGAAGCCCAGUAGUCAGCAUGAUGAGCAGAAAGUCGAGCCAAUUGAGCGGCCACCGGUUAUGGAUUCUCGCAGUCAGCUGUUGGACCAGAUCAGAGGAGGCGUCAAACUUAACAAAGUUGAGGAGACAGCCAAUGGAAGUGGUGAUCAUAAGUCAUCUGGACCCCAGCUAGAGGGCAUGGCACUGGAUCUGCAUCGUGCUCUCAUGGGACGAGCUCUGGCCAUGCAGUCGGAGAGUGAUGACGACGAUGAUGAUGAUGAUGACGAAGAUGAUGAAUGGGAUGAUGAUGAUUAAGAAGAGCUAGAAUCAGUAGGUCUGUUGGAAAAUUAGGAAGAUCUGAUCUGUUGCCAAAGCAUUCCUGCUAAAAUGAUAUUGUGUUGAUUUACCUUUGUAUUUAUCGGAAAAAAAUGCUGUUAUCUGUGAGUAUUCAACUUAUUCUUAAGCAUAGCAAUAUUAGGAAUUGAAAAUUGAAAUAUAUUUUUAUUAUAUUUUAAGCAUUUUAGAAUUUCUAGAUAAAGUUUUUGAUAUGAAUAUCAUAUGGAUAAUCAAUAAGUCACUGUAUUAAAGCACUUGUUGACUUACAUGAGAUAUUCACAUUAAUUGAAAGCAUUUUAUAAUUGACAAAAAUCUAAAAUGUUUGCAAUGGCCAGUGUGAUAGAGUACUAAUUUGUAAUUAUUUAUCCUCUAUUAUGUAGAUCAAAUUAAAACUACAAACAGUGACGUAGAAUAAUGAUGGAUACAAGUUCCCUGUAAAGUUAAUGGAUGACACAAAUGAAAGAGACUGAAUGUGAGGAGUCACUAUAUGGCAUUGCAGUUGCAUUGCCAGCUGAGAGUACUCUGCCCAUACCAGAGAUCUUCCAUAAGCUUUAGAAACUAGUCUGCGCCCAGUUUUCUGGUGGAGAUUCCACUUCUUAUUUGUCAGCAAGACUUAUGACAAGUGCCUUAGUUUCAUUUGAUCUUUUUUCCUUUUGGUCUUUGCUGGAAGCUGGGUUUCAAAACAGGGUUCAAACCUACUUGUUAGUUACUCAGUGGCUAUCUCUUGCACACCAAACCAAGAUCUGACAACCAUGCAGCCUCCAUCCCUUUUGUUCCUAUCAUUACUUAUUGGGAUAGGAUAGUGAGAGGAAAGGUUGUGUCAUAGGAUAAAUGCUCUAAAAAAGGCAAAGAAAGCCUGAACAGAGUAUGGUAUUAGGAAAUUCAUGUUUCAGUGUUUAAAUAUGAUUAGCAUAUAAGUGUUGCUUCCAAAGCUUUUGCUCUCUAUAAGGAUUUUUGGUUGACAUUCCUACCAGUAUAUGCUCAUACAACAAAGACAACCUUAAAACACACAAACAUACCACUUACAUAAAUACAUAUAUUUACACAAAUAAGUACUUGUGCUCUUAUUUGUGCAGAUAAUUUUACACAGACAAAUAUACUGUACACAGUUACAGACAUAUGCAAACUUACAUGAGUACACUUAAACAUACAAAGACACAUACUGAUAAACAUACACAAAAGAAACUGGUAGGUUUGUUAGAGCCUUAACAUGUUUGAUAAUUUGUAUACCCUUACGGGUGGUUAUGGCUGGUCAGGUGUUCUAGAGAGUUUUGCACGCUUUCAGUGCAACAGAUUUAUGUACUUACAUUUUUUUCUGUAUAGGUUGGCCAUUUGGUCUUUUUCCUUCAUCUAGUAUCUGUGUGAUUAUAGCCUGUGGGGUAUUUGGGUACACAGAAGUCCUACAUAGUCAUACCUUUUUCCUUUUUUUUUUUUUUGUUAUUAGCAGAUGAGUGUUGGAUUUGAGGCUUUGAGUUGAACUGAUUCCCUUGUCAGGCUAAUGUUAGUUGAAUUGUUCAUUGGUUUGCAUUUUUUUUUUUUUUUUUUUUCUUUUCUUUGCUCUCAUGAGUGAACAGAAUUGUGCUGACAAGUCAUUCUUCCAAUACUUUUGUUGUAAACUUGAAUCUCCUUUUAUGUCUAAGAAAAGUUGUUGUUCUUAUAGGUUAUCAUUUUGUUUAUAAAUUAGAUAUACCUUCACGGACCUUUCCACUGUUUAAGUUUUAGGAUCCGACAUUAAUAGAAUGUCAGAAUACACGAGGCUGCUAAUGAAAACUGAAUAAGUAAAUUUAUAUAGUAAUGUGUAAGCUUGUAAAAAAGAGAGGAAUUAGAGAAAAUGGUAUUGUUUCCUAAUUCAGGAUGUGAAGGCAUGUACAAUUUAUUACUAAAUGUUUUUUUUUUUUUUUGCCUAUUUAUGUCUUUAAUAAUAUUAUAAUUACUAAUUGUAUUUGUGACUGCCAUUCAAUGAAAAGAUGUUAAUACAGGUAUUGACAGAGAUGAUGGUGGGUUAUAUAACUACAAGUUGUUGGUGUUUGCCCUUGAUUGUUUUUAUAUACAGUAUAUAUAUAUAUUCAUAUUAAUGAGUUUUUCUUGUAUUUUAAUGAGGACAUGUACCUGUAUUGGAUUGCUAUUUAUUUGUUCAAUUUUGCCUGCAUAUCUUGUUCCUGUUUUUGGUUCGAUCUAUAUUUUCUCUGGAGAGACAUGAGUUUCCAUACAUACACAAUGAAGAGCACCAUCACUAGCAUAUUCAGGCUCCGAUGCCAACAUGCAUCUCUCUCUCUCACAAACACACAUACAUGUGUAGGCACACACUCACUCUUAUUCUUACUCAUACUUUUUCUCACUCACACUCACAAUCACUCUCACAAUCACUCUUGCUCUCACUCUCAC